AAGAAUGGAGAGUUGAAUUUUGUAAACUCCCUGGUCAACUGUACAAAUCUGUUUAAGUUGGGCAUAGCACGAAACCAUUUUGGAGGAGAAUUGCCCAGUUCAAUAGCCAACCUUUCAACACAGAUGGCAAAAUUUACAAUGGGUUCCAAUCUAAUAUAUGGAAACAUCCCUUUUGGGAUGAUUGGAAACCUGGUCAACUUGAACAAUCUAGCAAUGGAAGAUAACCUUUUCACCGGUAAUGUCCCUGAUGUUAUUGGAAAGCUUCAGAACUUACAAGGAUUGUCAUUGAAUGGUAACGAUUUAUCCGGGCCAAUGCCACCCCUAUUUGGUAACUUAACCAGCUUAACCAAGCUUCUUAUGGAGGAGAAUAGCUUUGAUGGAACUAUACCUUCAAGCAUCGGAAACUGCUAUAACUUGCAAACACUAAAUCUGUCCAGGAAUAAUCUAAGUGGUACCAUACCCAUACAAGUUAUUGGUCUCUCUUCCCUCUCAAUUUCUUUAGACAUUUCUUAUAAUUCUUUGACAGGUCCAAUACCAUCUGAAGUGGGCAAUUUGGUAAACCUCAUGGAGUUAGAUGUGUCAAUGAACAACUUCACCGGUGAAAUACCCAGCUCCAUAGCUAGUUGUACUAGCCUGGAGAUCCUCCAUAUGGAGCAUAAUAUGUUUCAAGGAACAAUUUCUCAACCUUUGAAAGCUUUAAGGGGUUUACUAGAGAUAGAUCUUUCACAUAAUAACUUCUCUGGGCAGAUCCCAAGUUUUCUUGGAACAUUCUCUCUCAAGAAACUUGACCUUUCUUUCAAUGAUUUCGAGGGUGAAGUACCUAAAGAAGGGAUCUUCACGAAUACAAGUGCACUUUCAAUUCUUGGAAAUGACAAGCUCUGUGGGGGUAUCCCAGAAUUACUUUUACCAACAUGCUCUAAGAAGCUUCAUUCAUCAGGAAAUCUUCUUGCCCUCAAAGUACUAAUCCCUGCAAUCACUGCAAUCAUAUUGAUAUGUAUUAUGUUUUGUUGUUUAGUUGCAUAUUUAAUGCUGCAAAAAUCAAGAACCAGUACUUCAAUUGCAUCGUCUUUGGAGGGUUUGAGAUCAAGAGUUUCUUACUCAGAGCUCAUGAAAUCAACUAAUGGCUUUUCCAUGGAAAAUCUGAUAGGCUCGGGAAGUUUUGGUUCGGUAUACAAGGGUCUAAGUGGUGAUGGAAAAGUUGUUGCAGUGAAAGUACUAAACCUGCAACAAGAAGGAGCUUCAAAGAGUUUCAUAGACGAAUGCAAAGCCUUGACAACUAUACGACACAGAAACCUCCUUAAGAUCAUAACUUUGUGUUCAAGUGUGGAUCUUGAGGGUAAUGAUUUCAAAGCAUUGGUAUUCGAGUUCAUGUGUAAUGGAAGCCUAGACCAAUGGUUGCAUCCAACGGAUGACGACAAGCAACCUCGAGCAAAGAGUUUUAGCAUUGUACAGAGGCUGAACAUAGCCAUUGAUGUUGCUUCUUCCUUGAAUUAUCUCCAUUACCAUUGUCAAACACCAAUUGUUCACUGUGACCUGAAGCCAAGCAAUGUGCUUCUUGAUGAAGAUAUGACAGCCCAUGUUGGAGACUUUGGAUUGGCAAAGUUCCUCCUUGAAGCAUCAUCAUCAGCCAUCCCCUCAAGUACGUCUGUUGGGCUGAAAGGUUCAAUUGGGUACAUACCUCCAGAGUAUGGUACGGGUGGCCAAGUGUCUAUACUCGGAGAUGUGUACAGCUAUGGGAUACUCAUACUGGAGAUGUUUACUGGAAAAAGACCAACUGAUGACAUAUUUCAAGAUGGUCUCAGCCUUCACAAGUUUGUCACAAUGGCUUUUCCUAAAUGCAUCAUGGACAUAGUAGACCCGUCAUUGCUCAUUGGAGGAGGAGAAAAUGAUGAUGAAAAUGGAGAAGUAAUACGAGAAAGAGAAAUAAUCAAAGAGGAUGAUACCCAAACUAGUGCAAGAAAAAGAGAAGAGUGUUUGGUUGCAGUGAUGAGAGUCGGCCUGUCAUGUUCAAAUGCAGAAUCAAGAGAGCGUGUGACAAUGGAUGAUGUUGUGAACAUAAUGCAUGCGAUAAGAGAUUCGUUUCUUGGGUUAAAGAACAAGAAUUGGAGAAGAAUAAGAUAGGUCUUGAAUUUCAAAAUUUUGAUGCUUGAUUGAUUUACUUUGCUAUUGUAUCUUUAUAUGAUAUGCAUGGAAUAGUUUGUAAUUGUGUUAUUAUGAAUGAUAUUAGAAGUUUGCACUAUGUCAUAAACCACAAAGAAGAAAAUAUUUUUUGGGCAAUGUAUUAAAGAAGUUGAUUUUUUAGUGAAAAA